AUGUCUACCGCCACAGAGAACCAGGAUGAGCAGCAGUUCACCGACCUGAGCGACCCGCUCGCGUUCCUCUCUGCGCUGCAGCAGAGCACCGCGCCGUCGCCGCCUGGCUCAUCCUCCCACGAGUCAAGCUCGGCUUCUGCGGAUAGUCCUCCAGACUGGUCGCAAUUCAGUACACUAUGGGACUCUACUUUUAAGGACCCCGACCUCGAUGCCCAAGUCCAGCCAUCAGCGCCGGCACCGGGAACUGUCAAGCCUGCGAGCGUGGACAUGUUUAACUUUAUGCCGAUGGAUCUCGACGCCUUCGACUUUAGCGCGCCGUCUGUCGACCCGUCCGCGCUCCAUUUCGGCCUCGGAGUGGCGAACCAGGACUUCUUCGAUCCAUCCGCGUUUAGCCAGCAGCCUCGCAGACUCAGUGUCACCUCGAGCUCGAGUUCAUCUGGUGCCUCACUCUCGCCUUCGCUCGACUUCUCCUCGAGCCCAGCCUCGAAUACAAGCAUGACCAUGCAACCGCCGGCGCCUGCUGCAGAAGCUUCCAUACCCAUUAAUGAUCCCAUUGCGCUUCUCGCGCAUCAGGCGCGGCAGUCAGCCGGUGUCACCCUUGCGGUGCCUACAAAUUCGAUGGCCCAAGCUGGCAAGCUUCCCAUCCCGCGCCUGCGCCCUGGAACUUCACCGACGUCCUCGGCUCCCAGCUCAUCGUUUCCCUCGCCUUCGCCGCAAGCAACACCAGCACCAACCGCUGCGGCUCCUGACCUGCCGCCGCUUGCACCUGGCGCUCGGACAAAGACCUCGCAUACUACUAUUGAGCGUCGCUACCGCACAAAUCUCAAUACGCGCAUCCAGGGUCUCAAGGAUGCCGUACCUGCGCUCCGCGUUCUCGAGCGCCGCAAGGCUUCCGAGAAGGCGGGUCUGCCAUUCACGGAGGAACCUGCGGACUUGCUCGACGCCCGCGGCUACGCCGACGGUGUCAAGGUAGCGCGCAAAGUCUCGAAGGCCAAUGUACUUGGCAAAGCCGCCGAAUACAUCCGCGUGCUCAAGCGCCGCGAGGCGCGCCUCGAGCGGGAGAAGGAUGGUCUGCGUGAGCUCAUCCAGGGCCUCGUCGGUGGCCAGGCUCUCUUGCGCGAAUUCGAGGCGGGCUGGGCAGCGAAGUACGGUGGAAAGGAGAGGGAUGAGCUCGAAUACGAGGGUGUGGACGACGAUGAUGAUGACGACGACGAAGACGACGAGGACGAUGGCGGCCGCGCGAGGAAGCGUCCCCGCGUCGAGAAGAAGCCCGUAGCGCCGGCGAAGCCCGCUGAGCAGCCGGAGAAACGCAAGCGGGGUCGUCCGCGCAAGGAGCAGCCUGCACCCGUCGUUGCUCCCGUCCCGCCCCCUGUCACGGCUGCUGCUCAGCCCGCGCCGGGCGCGCAGUACCUGCUCGCGGCGUUUGCAUUCUUCUCGUUCUUCAACAUGCCCGGUCGCACCCCUACACAUACGCAUUAUGGACAUAGUGGAACUGUUUUGACGUCCGCACCCGGACCUUCUCAUCCCGCCGCCCAGGCCGUGUUUGGGGUAGAGUGGCACGACCUCAUUGGCGCUUUCCAUCUGCUCGUCAGUGCACUGGUCUUCGCUAGUAUCGUUAUGCCAUGGCUGCCUGCCAUCAUGAAGGCUUUGCGUCUACCGUCGGACAUCGGCUCCACACUGCGCCGUCCUUCGUUCACGCGCAAGCCAUCCGAGCCAUCGACCACUUCGUCCCAACAGGACCCCUUGCCUCGCCUCGCGCUCGUCAACGCCUUGUCGCCCGCUGCUCGUGGCGCGCCCGACGAGGCGGCGCAAUUGCGCGCAGCCCUCCGUAUUUGGCCCGGCCUCACUGGCGUGCUUGUUCGCGUCGUCGGCAAGAUCAGCCGUGGGCGCCGCGCAGACCGCGGCUUUGAGCGCCUGCAGCUCGAGCAGCGUGCGUGGAUGCGUCUUGGCGAGGUCAUCGCGCUCGACGGGACCGCCAGCUUCGGCAACCGCGUUCAGGCAUAUCUCGGUGCUAUGAGCCAUAUGCCGGCUUUCAGUCCGCAGCCUAGCGACCUCGCGACGCUUGCGCUGCUGGCGCUCCCGUUGUCUCCUGCUCGUGCUGAGGGUCUCUGGCAGAAGGCCGCCGCCGCACGUGAAAUGCGACCUGCUGAGCGUCGCGCUCUGGAACGCCUAGACGUCCGUACUGCCGCGGCAGCGUUGAAGUCUUCGCGCGCGGCGACUCUCGCGAAGCAGGGUGCCUCACCGCUGCAAGCACUUGGUGUCCUUGCCGCUCGGGACGACAUCCGCGCCGCUGCUGCGAAGCUCUUCGUGCGCGCAGUGUCACCCGCAUCAGCUGGAAUAUCCGCAGAUGCUGAGAAGGACGUGCGCGAGACGGUUUUGUCCGCUCGUGCACUGGGAGGCAACACCGCCCGCCUCGCCAUCCUGCUCGACGCUCUCGCGCAUGGCACCACAGUUCCCGCUGACGCGGCCGAUGCGCUCGGCGACGGCGCGGAGGCAGCCGUUCUCGCUGCCCUCGUACGCGUUCGUGCGCUCUUCCCCUCGACAAUCGCAGAUGGGAAGGUGCAGGUCGUGCUUAGCCCCGCGGCGGGCGAGAGCGCGGGCAAGAUGCGUGCGUUGCUCCGUAGGACUUUGGGCCAUGAGGCGUUCGAGGAGCCAGGGCUUGAAGAGGCUCGGGAUCGUGUUGUUGAUAUGAUCUGCGAGGGCGAGGCUAGCGAGAGGAGGAAGACGAGGAGGACGUAG